AUGCAGAAUGAAAAUGAUAUGGUGAAGGAUGAAGCUGAAGUCGCUGCAUCCAUUUCGGCACUCGAAGGAUUUGAUCGAAAGACGGUGAAUUCCGUUGACGAAAUCGGAAGGUCCAAAGCUCUCGCUGACGACUUCUCAACAGUAAACCUCUCCGGAGCUGAAUCGUCAGCCAAUUCCCUUCAUCUCUUAACCCAUUUCCCGUCCAUCGUUGAUUGUUCAGCUUCUCAUUCCGAAGCUCUCUUACGUUUGCCUCAAUUUCGGAAAUUUAUACGGGAUUAG